AUGGCUACCUCUCCUUUGAAUGUCCAGCCUUCUUUCCAUGCUCGCUCAAACAGUUUGCCUUCAAGGCAACACCCCAUCACUUCUCAAAUUGAUGAAAAUCUGAACCGACUAAGGGCGUCUCAGUCUGCGUCUACAUCGUCAUCGAUAGAAAAUCAACUCAACUGCCUUCAAGAUUUGUAUGACCCUGUUGAUAUGACUGCUAGAGAUGCCUUGUCCCAAACAAAGGAAUGCACACAAGAUCUUCAAUCAGUUUUGUGCCGAAGAAGAGGUAAAGAUGGUGAGACCGGAGCAGUGAUUAGCACCUUGAAACAAGUAGAAGCAGUGACCAUCAACGUUCUAGAAUCCUUGUUGUCCUUUAUUUCAGGGCCAGAGGCUGAAUCAAAAUCGAGCUCAUGGUCAUUAUUUUCAAAGUUAAUGCAACAGAAAAAAAUAACUUGCGAGGAAGAAGAACAGAAAACAAAUGAAAUUGCAGAUGUUGAAGCUACAUUGCGUUCCUUGAUUAAAUCUGGAAGCAUGAAGAAUGUUGAGAAUGUGAAAAAUGAGCUGGAAAAAUCAGAGAUGUGCAUCCAAGAUCUUGAUGAAGGUCUUGAAAGCUUCUUCAGGAGGUUGAUCAAAGCUAGAGUCACUGUUCUCAACAUCCUCAACUGUUGA